UUGCGGAAGGACGUGAGCGCUUAGACGGCGCUGUGUGUGUGACAGAGACAGAGAGAAAGAGAGAGAGGUUUUGGACAUCAUUUUCAGGCAGAAAAAAAAGGAAACGCGCCUGGCAACUUGGUACAGUAAACUAAACGUUUUUUUUUCUCCUGGAAGUCUGAUUUUAUAGCCUGUUAAAUUUCUUUUCGUUAAUAUUUACGGAACGCACGAGAUGUUUGGACAGUGUGCGCUAUAGUGUGCUCAUAUAUUUACAUGUACAUAUUUUAAUAAAACAUAAAAAUAAAAAGCCCUGCUCUCUAAAUGUGUCACAUAUCAACCAAAAUGGAGCAACCGUUUUAUCAUGACGACUCGUUUCUCUCUGCUUAUGGCACUCCAGACGCCGUGGCCCUACGCGACUACAAGCUCCUAAAGCAGAGCAUGAGCGCCAGCUUUGUCGAGCCUUACCGCAACUUCAAGAGCGACUUCUACCCGGCCGGGAGCGCAGACGCCGGCUCGCUGAAACUUGCCGCUCCGGAGCUAGAGCGUCUCAUCGCGCAGAGCGGCGGAGGCGUGAUCACGAGCCCAACCCCGGGUCAGUACCACCUGUACGGUCGCUCCAUCACAGAGGAGCAGGAAGGCUUCGCGGACGGAUUCGUCAAAGCCCUGGACGAGCUCCACAAGAUGAACCAGGUGGCACCGCCGAACGUGUCAAUCGGCGGAGUAGGAGUGCCUCCGUCCGUGCAGACCGAUGCACCCGUGUACGCCACUCUGAACAGCUGCAGCCCCAACACUAGCGUCCAGCAGCCCGCCUCGCCUGUGCCCUUUCCCAGCGCCACCAUCAGCUAUCUGCCUCACCAUCCUCAGUUCCACCACCAACACCAGCAGCAGCCACACCACCACCAGCACCAGCCCUAUCCCUUCCAACACGCGCUGCACGCACCGAGACUCUCGGCGCUUAAAGAGGAGCCACAAAUCGUCCCUGACGUGCACGGCGCCUGUGCGGACGGCUCGCCGCCGACGUCGCCGGUCGACCUGGAGGAACAGGAGCGCAAAAAGGCCGAGCGUAAGCGCCUGCGUAACCGGAUGGCAGCCACCAAGUGCCGGCGGCGGAAGCUAGAGCGCAUCUCGCGGCUUGAGGACAAGGUGAAGGUGCUGAAGACGGACAAUGCCGGACUGUCCAACACCGCGUCCCGGCUGCGGGAGCAGGUAGAACAUCUCAAGCAGAAGGUCAUGACGCACGUAAGCAGCGGGUGCCAGCUGAUGCUGACGCCAAAAAUCAAGUCUUACUGAAAAGUUCACGGACUCACGGACAAGCUGUCUUGUUCUUUUCUUUUCUUUUCUUUUUCUAAUUCAAAAAGGGGGAAACACUGGACCAUUUCUUGAUAUUAAUGCAUUGCACCACAGAAUGAAUUCGAGCCUAUGUUUCUUGUAGAAAACCUUUGCUGUGUUGCCAUGUGUAUGUAUUUUGGGUUGUUUUUUUUUUUUUAAAGAAAGCAUUUCCUUUAGAAACGUGUUGUUUGUAUGAUAUGAUACCAGAUGAAAUGCACACUGAUUAAUAAUGGCAAGACUGUCAGCAGAACUUCAUCAUAUGUGUGCCAGUGAUAUCCUAUGAAUACAUACAUAAGUUAUUUUCAGGUUUAAUCCGGACAAAUCUUUAUUGUAAAUGUUUUUUUUUUAAUUAUUGUUAUUAUUAUUAUUAUUAUUUGUAUUUAAGUAAAAGAUUUAAAACAUU